AUGCCGGCCGAGCCCAACCCGGCCACAGCCCUCCCCAUGAUGAGCAUGUUCGAAGAUGUGGCAGUCCCGCAGAACAAGGAGCCCACUAUGGAGAUGAUGUUGGCGAUCAGGAACAGAUACUUGACGGAAAACAAAGUACGAAUACCAGCCCACGUCAGUAACGGUGUGGAAAUGGUCAGUGAUGCUGGGAACGGCCGUGGCGACGAUAUUCAUGUCUAUGCUCGUGAGAACGAGAACCCCGCUCACGGACAGAAGGAUGAGCCAUAG